AUGGUCACGUUGCAGCAGUUUUUUAUUUCUGUUAAGAUUAUAUCUUUGCUCUUUGCAGCAAUUCCACGCUUUAAUGGUCACUAUGAUCAUUGGAGCAUGUUGAUUGAGAAUUUCCUGCGAUCAAAAGAAUACUGGACAAUCGUCGAAAACGGAAUCGAAGCACCAGCAGCAGGUGAAACUUUGACGGAUGCCCAGAAAACAGAGAUUGAAGCGAAAAAGCUGAAAGAUUUAAAGGCGAAAAAUUAUCUCUUUCAAGCUAUUGAACGUUCCAUAUUGGAAACUAUUCUUUGUAAAGAAACUUCCAAGGAUAUAUGGGAUUCGAUGAAGAAGAAGUAUCAAGGCACAGCUAGAGUGAAACGUGCCCAGCUUCAAGCUUUGAGGAGAGACUUUGAAACGUUGCAGAUGAAUGAUGGUGAAUCUGUGACUAGCUAUUGCUCUAGAACCAUGGAGAUAUGUAACAAGAUGCGAUUCCACGGUGAGAAGAUGGAUGAUGUAACCAUUGUGGAGAAGAUUUUACGCUCUUUAACACCGAAGUACGACUAUGUUGUGUGCUCUAUUGAAGAGUAAAAAGAUAUAGAUACA